AUUUCAUUAUUGACUGAUCCUUUACAAAAUUUACCGUGUUUAAUUAUCACAUUAUACAUUCCAACCAUUUGUUAUUAAAAUUAUCUAAUUUAUAAACAAAAUGUCCGACAAGGUUUUAGGAAAAAAAAUCAAUGUGCCUGUACAAAUGACGGAUUUAUCAAUAUUCGACGAUACAUUUUCCACUAUGAAAGAAAGGUUUGCAGCAGAAAUGAAACGUCUUGAUGAAGAGAUGACUAAGUUUAGUUCGGAUCUCAUGCGUGUCUAUGGACAAGCAUCCACUGUACAAACCGGACUAAUGAAUUCGCAAAAAGAUACCCCUCAAACCAGCUGGGAUACCAUCACUAAUUCGCCCCUAGUGGAAGGAGAAGGAGACGAUAGAUCCCUGAAGCUUCAAUUUGAUGUCAGCCAAUUUGAUCCUGAUGAGGUGAAAGUAAAGAUUCUGAAUGAUACCCUUGUAGUAUCAGCUACACAUGAAGAGAAGACCAACAAUUCCACUGUCUUUCGGGAGUACAUCCGACAGUUUCUAUUGCCCAAGCAGGUGAACCCGCAAGAGAUUGUUUCAUAUCUAUCCAGGGAUGGAGUACUAACCGUACAAGCUCCGUUAUCACUUCAGGCAUUGUCUGAUAAGCCUGCUGAAAGAAUAGGAACGAAAUAGAAACUUACCGAUAUGAAAGAAGGA